CCGCCGCCAUGUUGCCCCCCCCGUUGCUUAGCAACGCCCCCUUCCCUCCAAGAUGGCGGGCGGGGCGGGGCGGGCGUGGCGCAGGCGCGGGCGGGCGGAGGGCGGAGGGCGGUGUGGCGGCGGCGGCGGGGGCGGCACGGGGGGGGAGCGCAGCGCCGCCGCGGAGCCGCCGCCGCCGGGGCAGCCCAGCGGGUCCGCCGGGAGCACCGGCGCGGCCCCCGCUCCGGGUGAGGGGAGCGGAGCGGGGCACGGCGGGGAGCGGUGCUGCCGCCGCCGCCGCCGCCGCCACCAUGUCCGGGCGCGGCCACAACAAGCUGCCGACCACCGAGCGCAUCGUCAAGGCUGUCCCAUUCCCUCCCACGCAGAGGCUCACUCUGAAGGAGGUGUUUGAGGAUGGGAAACCCAGGCUCGACGUCCUCAAGAGCCACUUGGUGAAGGAAGGGCGGCUGGAGGAGGACGCGGCGCUGAAAAUCAUCAACGACGGCGCCGCCAUCCUGAGGCACGAGAAGACCAUGAUCGAGGUGGAGGCUCCAAUCACAGUGUGUGGUGACAUCCACGGGCAGUUCUUUGACCUGAUGAAGCUGUUUGAAGUGGGAGGAUCACCCAAUAACACCCGCUACCUCUUCCUGGGGGACUACGUGGACAGAGGCUACUUCAGUAUAGAGUGCGUGCUGUAUUUAUGGAGUUUAAAGAUAAAUCAUCCCAAAACGUUGUUCCUCCUUCGAGGGAACCACGAAUGCAGGCACCUCACAGAAUACUUCACCUUCAAGCAGGAAUGUCGAAUCAAGUACUCGGAGCGCGUGUACGACGCGUGCAUGGACACCUUCGACUGUCUUCCCCUGGCUGCCCUCCUCAACCAGCAAUUCCUGUGUGUCCACGGGGGCCUGUCUCCAGAAAUCACCUGUCUAGAUGACAUUAGGAAAUUAGACAGGUUUAAGGAGCCUCCAGCCUUUGGUCCCAUGUGUGACCUGCUGUGGUCGGAUCCCUCGGAGGAUUACGGCAACGAGAAAACCCUGGAGCAUUUUGCCCACAACACUGUCCGAGGCUGCUCCUAUUUCUACAGUUAUCCUGCAGUGUGUGAAUUUUUGCAGAACAAUAGUUUGUUAUCCGUAAUCCGAGCUCACGAAGCCCAGGACGCUGGGUACCGAAUGUACAGGAAGAGCCAGACCACGGGCUUUCCCUCGUUAAUCACAAUCUUCUCUGCACCAAAUUACUUAGAUGUCUAUAACAACAAGGCUGCUGUACUGAAAUACGAAAACAACGUCAUGAACAUCAGGCAGUUCAACUGUUCCCCUCACCCCUACUGGCUUCCAAACUUCAUGGAUGUCUUCACAUGGUCUUUGCCUUUCGUAGGGGAAAAGGUCACCGAGAUGCUGGUGAACAUCCUCAACAUCUGCUCCGACGACGAGCUGAUUUCGGAUGGCGACGAGACGUUGGAAGAUCACUACAUUUCAAGCUAUCCGAAAGGUGGGACAACGGUGCGUAAGGAGAUCAUCAGGAAUAAGAUCAGAGCCAUUGGGAAGAUGGCACGGGUCUUCUCAGUUCUUCGGGAGGAGAGCGAGAGCGUGCUGACCCUCAAAGGCCUGACCCCCACAGGUACCCUGCCCCUGGGAGUGCUCUCGGGGGGGAGGCAGACCCUGCAGACCGCCACAGUAGAAGCGGUAGAGGCACGGGAAGGUAUGGCUAGAACCCGGCGAGAGACUCAAAUCAUCUCCGUGUCCAUCCGCGGCUUCUCCCCGCAGCACAAGAUCCGCAGCUUCGAGGAGGCGCGGGGGCUGGACCGCAUCAACGAGCGCAUGCCGCCGCGCAAGGAUUCGCUGCACUCGGACGGCCCCGUCAGCCUGCUCACCUCCAACUCGGCCGACAAGAACGGCACGGGCAAGAAACCCCAGUAACGCCGCCAGCUGCGCCGCCACAGGAUCCAAAACUCCACGGAUUUUAUUUAUUUAUUAUCGGGGUGGGGUGGGGGCAAGGGGAGAAACCAACUUCACCUGGAGGCACGUCCAUAAAUCCAGUCCGCAUCCGUUCUGUAAGAAAGCGACCAUUUUGUAAUUUUUUUUUUUAUUUAUGUUUAUAUAUAAAAAUGUCCUUUUUUUUUUUUUCCUUUUGGUUUAGAAACCAAUCCAACUGCUAGAGCAUCCCGGGAGUGUUGUGCUGUCCAGCUGCCCUCCCUGAGAGGUCAAACCUCUGCCGGAGGGGGUUGGAUUAAAAAGCAAAAAUCAGUCAAACCAGGCAACUUGGGUCGUUGGCUUUGGCACAAUUUGGAGUUAGCCUGAGCUUUCCAAAGCAGGUCCUUCCCUUCAGGAUACGGUUGGGUUGGUUUUCCUUUACACACCUGUUUUCUUCCCAGAUUUUUCCUGUUGUUUUCUUCCACCUUUUGCCUACCUGCAGCUGCUGCUUUAGCAAGCAAUUCCCUGGAAGGCAGAUUGCUGGGAUCCAUCCCUGUUUUCCAAGGUGACAGCCAGGGGUAGCUCCAAAGGGCUCCAGGGCUGUUAACACCAGUCACAGCACCUUGUCCUUCAGGAUUUCAGCUUCAUCCCAAAGCUGAAGGAGUCCCAAAGGAAAACGGGGAGAAGGUGGGGGAAGUGCUGCCCCUUGUCGUGGCUCUUCCUCUUGGAGCAGCCAGUUUGUGCAGCAGAAUUCCCUUGGGAAUCCCUCUGAGUCAGAGCAGAGGAAUUAUCUCUGAUGAUCCUUGGGAAAGCUGCAGGGCUUGAGUUUUAAAGGAGAAGGGGGUGAUUUCUACCCUGGAGCCUGCAGCUGCCCAGCCCAGGGCACAUUCCCUGUUCCCAGCUCUGGAAUCUGCCCUUGCUGAGCAGUUUGGGGUGUGGGGGGACAGCGUGGUCCCCCCCCAGAGCCACCUCCCUGUCCCCCAGGUGUGUGGCUGUUCCAGAGGAGCUUUUCCCUGCUGCUGACAAAAUUUGGGAUGAGAUGGGUGGGGCAGUGCCGGGUUUGGGAGAUGUGGCUGGGUGCUGGUGACAGCCCCCUGGACUGGGGAGCAGGGAGGGCUUGGAAGGCAGAAGCGAGCGGGUCUGGCAGGAAUUUUGGGAGGGUGUUCUGGACAGGGAUCCUGGGGGUUGCCAGGGUUCAUCCCCUGGGUGUUGUCAGGGAUUUUGGAGCGUUCUCUCCCUUAGCCCGGGAGUGCUGGGGAAGGGUUUUGGGGAUUCCCUCCCCGUGUGAGCCGUGGCCGUGUCCUGGGGCCGAGGCAGCAGCUCCUGGAGCAGCCCCUUCCCACUCUCCCUGUCCCCCUUCUCCCGUGGGAGCCGCGGCCAGGGCUGAGCCUCUCCCAGGGGAUCUUUGCCAAGGCUUUCCCUGGAUUUUGCCGUCUUCCCUCGGCGAUUCCAGCGCCAGAGGAAAACAGCAACUUCCCAGGGAGCUUUCAGAUUGUCUGAGCAUCACACGUCACCUAAUCCCACGGGGCUGUUUAGGAUUCUAUGAGCAGACCGCUGGGUUUCCACGCUUUUCAGUCACAUGCCUCCACUUUCCCCUCUUUUUUUGUUUUAUUUUUUUUCUCUUUUUUGGUUGUUUUUUUUUAUUUCCCCUUUGAUCCCUUUUUUUUUUUCGACACGCCCACCGCUUUGCGAAAAGUGCGAGAUGUUUGGAGCGAGCUUCUCUCCCCCCAGUCCGAGGAGUGGGGCCAAAUUGCCUUUUGUCUGUGAGUAUUUCUUUGUCCUUUCAGGGCCUCCUGUGUGCUACCCGGGCACACAGACCGUGCCCGGGGCUGCCCGUGCAUGUUCGGCCGUGUUGUGCUGACCCAGGCUGGGACCUCCCCCAAGCAGCCAGGUUUUAGUCGGGAUAUUUGGGAUGGGAAUUGCGGGACCCCGAGCCUGGCACCCCCCCUGUUCCCAGCGUUGGGGGGGGGUCAGCAGGGCCCGGCCCAUCACAGAGGGGGAUUUGCUUUGUUGGCAGUUUGUCCCCCCACCCUCUUCUCCUGCUCUGGCAUCACCGAUUCCCCCUCCCCAAAUUCCUUUUGGAGUUGUGCUUCGUGUUUUGGGGGCUCAGAUCCAACCCCCGAUCCUUGGGGCUGCUGGAGCUGCACCUUCCCAGCGUCCCAGCCCUGGAGAAGGGCUGGAUGUUCCUUGUCCUGGCCCUGGAGAAGGUGGCCAAGGGUGGGGUUUUUGUCCCUACUUACCCCCGAGGCCGGUGGGGCUGCACCUUCCCAGCGGCCCAGCCCUGGAGAAGGUGGCCAGGGGCUGGAAGUUGGUUGUCCCAGCCCCAAAGGUGGUGGCCAAGGGCUGGAAGUUGGUUGCCCCAGCCCUGGAGGAGGUGGCCAAGGGCUGGAAGUUGGUUGCCCCAUCCCCAAAGGUGGUGGCCAAGGGCUGGAAGUUGGUUGCCCCAUCCCCAAAUGUGGUUGCCCCAUCCCCAGAGGUGGUGGCCAAGGGCUGGAUGUUGGUUGCCCCAUCCCCAAAGGGGGUGGCCAAGGGCUGGAAGUUGGUUGCCCCAGCCCCAAAGAUGGUUGCCCCAUCCCUAGAGGUGUUGGCCAAGGGCUGGAUGUUGGUUGCCCCAUCCCCAAAGGUGGUGGCCAAGGGCUGGAAGUUGGUUGCCCCAGCCCCAAAGUUGAUUGCCCCAGCCCCAAAGGGGGUUGCCCCAUCCCCAGAGGUGGUGGCCAAGGGCUGGAAGUUGUCCCUGUGGCACUGGCAGGUGUGGGUGUCACACAACCAGGUCCCCUCUUCCCUUUGAAGCAGUUCCCGAGGGGCUGAGGAGCAGCGAUGGGGCUCUGGGUGCUAAUUACCGCCUCAAUUAACGCCCCCUCUCCAUGAAGCCACAGCCCCGAGCCCAAAUCCCCCUUCCCCUCUUCUGGCCACAGCUUCGGAGCAGAAUUCCCUGCCCCGGCCCCCACCACGCCAAACCAAAAAAUAAAAAACCAAUCCAGAAACGCCCCAAAUUCCCCCUUUUCCCCCCAAAUCCAGCGCCUCGGGGCUGGGCUUGUCUCUGACCCCAUCUCCGCGCUCCCGCCCGUCCCUUCCCCUCCCGGCUGCCACCUGGAGCUUGGACACCGGGAUCGAGGGGAGCCCCAGGGGGACCCCCGACCCCAGGGAGCCCCCAAAUCCAGGGGGAGCCCCACCUCCCGCAGCCUGGGUUUUAUUGCAUGUUCUAGCAAGGUGCAUGUCCAAGGAGGGGAGUCGGCAAUGGGGCGGGUGGUGGGUUGAGUUCAAGCUUCAUUUUCUUUUUGGGAUUGGGAGAACCCCUCUGGCUGCCUCUGGCACAGAUCCCGCCUGGCCAGGGGGGCUGGCAGGGACGCACAUCCCACCAAACCUCGGCCAGGGAGGACCUGAAGCCCUCCAGGGGUGCAGUGAUGCUGAUUUUAGGGUUCUCGAUGCUGAAAGGAUCAUACGCCCGUUGCCUGGAGACUGCCUCCUUUUUAAUUUUUAUUUUUAUUUCUUGCUUUUUUUUUUUUUUUUUUUUUUUUAGUUCUGUUGAAAGGAGAAAAAAAAUGGUGAAAAUGUUAUUUAUUGGCAGAAAUUAUUUAAUAUAAUUUCUUUUUUUUUUUUUUGUGAAACAAGGAAUGAAUUUGUUAGAACUGUCUCGAUGUAAAUCGGAGUCAUCUUUAAGGAGGAAAAAAAAGAUAAAAAAAGUUAAAAAUUGACACAGUCA